AUGUGCUCCUUCACUUACUCGUGGUACUACUGCAACCACGACUACUACAUCUGGGCCAACACCAUCGAAGUCUGCCACAACCGCCUUCUGUCCGGAUACUCGUACGAUGCGUGGAGCAUCGAUAUGUGCAAGAACAUGACAGUGCAGUGCGGCGGCUUCUCGAACUACUACUGCUCGGACUGCAGCGAGGACGUUGCGCUGGAGUUUGAGCUCGACGAGUUGUAA